AUGCCAAACGAAAAGUUCAACGUCGAUUCCAGCGAUAGACUAGUUGCUGGACCCAGCAAUGACGAGAUUAUCACCCCAAUGAUACUCCCCGGCGACGGUGUUCCCCUUCGUCUGGACUUCCCAGACGAUGACAUGUCCAAUAUCGAGGAAAAACAUUGCAGGCCUCCUGAACAGGUUCUGAAAUCGAAAUCGGAUUAUAGGGCAGACAUUUGGGCUACUGCUCUAGUUGCAUGGAAUUACACCAGUUCCCAAGGGCUUAUCGACGGACGAAACUCGGACGGGGCCUUUGAUGACCGGGUCCAUAUCGCCGAGCUGGUUUCUCUACUUGGCCCGCCUCCACUAGAGUUCCGCGAGAAGAUGCGACUAGGCUCCAUGUUUUGGGACGAAAACGGGAAGUGGACAGGCCAAGCUCCCGUGCCAGAUCGAAGCUUCGAGAGCCUAGCAGCUGGCAAUGUCAACGGCGAGGAUGUGGAAGGCUUCUUGCAGUGGAUGCGAAAAGCGCUACAAUGGGAUCCUGAUCAUCGGCCCACGGCUCUAGGGCUCUUGCGUCAUGAGUGGAUGUCCCGGAAGACGAAGCCUGUGGAGGGAGAGGGUAAGGAUGUGUCCGAUGAGAGUAUCCAGGUCUGA